CUUUCCUCUCGUCACCAACUCCACUCCCCAAGUCCACUCGCGCGCCGAUGCUCACGCAGUCACGCUCCUCGCGCUCGCCGCAGUCAGGAACCAGCAGGAACUAACUCGUCGCUGCGUGAGCCGGCGGGGACAUGGCCGCCGCGUCGUCGUCGUCGCCGUCUCCGCCAACGCCGCAGCCGUCGUCCGUGGAGCGCACGAAGGGCCCCACUAGCCUAGAGAAGCUCGUCCUCCGCGAGGCGCGCGGCUGGUCCGCGGAGGUCCACCUAUAUGGAGGUCAAGUAACCUCUUGGAAGAAUGACCAUGGAGAUGAGUUACUUUUUGUCAGCAGCAAGGCCAUUUUCAAGCCUCCAAAAGCAAUCCGUGGUGGAAUACCUAUUUGCUUUCCUCAAUUUGGAACACAAGGAAAUCUUGAGAAACAUGGAUUUGCAAGGAACCGUUUAUGGGUUAUUGAUGAUAAUCCUCCACCUUUGCCAGUAAACACUGCUAUAAAAACUUUUGCUGAUCUCAUUCUGAAGCCUUCUGAAGAAGAUCUCAAGAUUUGGCCUCACAGCUUUGAAUUUCGAUUAAGAGUUGCUCUUGCAUCUGGAGGAGAUUUGAUUCUCACUUCUCGCAUUAGAAAUACCAAUAUUGAUGGAAGAACUUUCUCAUUUCAAUUUGCAUAUCAUACAUACUUGUCCGUAUCAGACAUAAGUGAAAUACGCGUUGAAGGGCUGGAGACAUUGGACUACCUUGACAACCUGAACGAGAAAGAGCGAUUCACGGAGCAAGGGGAUGCAAUUGUGUUUGAAGCAGAGGUUGACAAAAUAUAUCUAGACGCACCACCAAAAAUCGCAAUAAUUGAUCAUGAGAAGAAAAGAACAUAUGUCUUACGUAAAGAUGGGCUUCCAGAUACGGUUGUAUGGAACCCGUGGGAUAAGAAGUCAAAAAACACGCAAGAUUUGGGGGAUGAAGAAUACAAACGCAUGCUGUGCGUGGAGCCUGCAGCUGUUGAGAAACCCAUUACCUUGAAGCCUGGUGAGGAGUGGAAAGGAAGGAUGGAGCUCUCAGCUGUUCCUUCCAGUUACUGUAGUGGGCAAUUAGAUCCAGAGAAGGUUCUCCAGGAUUGAGAAUGUAAGAUUACAGCCAUAAUUAUGCUGUUCUCCGCGGGGCAUAAUAUUGAUAGAUCUGUUCAUUUUGGCCUAGUGCUUUGGAAGCAGUCUGGGCGUUUGCUAGGUACAUAAGCGUGGCUGACAGAUCGUGCCUAGUGCUAGGGAGUAGAAUUGUAUUCUAUUGUAUGACUUUUACAAUCAGUAAGCUAUUACA